UCUGGAAUGACGUCUCGAUACUGUUGAUACUAUAGUUGAGACGUUAUAAUUUUUUAUGGAGUUAUAAAAUGUUUUGCAUUAAGUUGUGUUAAUUUGUUAAAGCACCGAAAUCCUUUUAUUUGUGUUAUUGUUUUGAACUACAUUAAUUCUGGUUGGGGUUAAAAGGAAGGCGAGUGGUUAUGCUCGAAGCAUGCCUUCGACCUCGCGGUCGCGGGGCUCCGGACGAGCCACUGAUGCCGCGCCACGGACGCAGGUCAUAGCGCCUAUGUCGGAGCGGCAACAACUGGCUCUUGUGAUGCAAAUAUCGUCACAAGAUGCUCCACCAGCCGCUCCGACCCCAGCAGAAGAACGAAAACGGACAAGACAACAACGUAAUGAACGUGGUGAAACCCCCCUCCAUGUUGCAGCUAUAAGAGGGGAUCAUGACCAAGUCAAAAAAUUACUAGAACAAGGACAAGACCCUGAUGUGACAGAUUUUGCAGGAUGGACACCUUUACAUGAAGCAUGUAGUUAUGGUUGGUUACAAGUAGUAGUGGUACUAGUAAAUGGUGGGGCUAAUGUGAAUGCAAAGGGAUUAGAUGAUGAUACUCCUCUUCAUGAUGCUGCUACAUCAGGAAACCUCGAGAUGGUUAAAUUUCUUAUUGAGCAUAGUGCAGAGCCUUUUGUAAAAAACACUAAAGGAAAAGCCCCAUCAGAUUAUGCAGCUCCACACAUCUACGACUAUUUACUAUCCUUGAAAGAUAAUAACGCGAGAGCUGCUCAUAUUGCAAGAACAAGGGAUGACAGCAACAAGAAAAGUGGCAAUGCUAGUACAAACAGUGAAGGUAGUAAAAGAACCAACAUGGAGAGCCUAGCACAGGGUGAAAUUGAAGGAAAAGAGGCCACCCCACAAGAGAAAGGCAAUACAGAAAUCAAAGAUGAAGGUUCUCAGUUGAGUAGCGGAGUAGUGUCAUCCACACAGGAUGACACAACGUUAAGUAGUAAGAAAGGAAAUUAUGAAGAAAAUCAAGAAGCUGACUCACCCGAGGAUGACGUUUCUAAGCGGAAGAAGCGUAAAGAGACUGAAGAAAAGGAGCCAAUGGCUAAGCCUGCACCUGUAGCUAGGACUGGGACAGGGCGUAAGCCUGGCCCUGCAAGCAAGACGGGCGCGUUACCGCUGAGUAAAGGCGGCGCUUCGCCCAACGUUACCAAGAAUGCUGCCACUUCGUCUACCGGGAAAGUUCAAGCUACAGGCAAAGGGGCUUCAGGAAAUAAGGGAAAAGCAGGCUCUGGUAAAACUGGACUGCAUAGUGGUAAGCAAGACCGUAGGAGUCCUGUAGCAAGUCCUAAACCCGGCCAAAGUAAGGAUGAUGGGGAAAGUGAAGAGAAACCACAGGAACCAAUGGCCCCCAAAGUUCCACCUUUGAAGAUAGUUAUUCCAGGUGGAGCUGGUGGUUCUGGAAAUAGGAAUGAACAGGAAGAAGGCGUACAGCGUGGAGGAGGAAAGGGGCGUGGUAGUGCAUCAACAUUACCUUAUGUGAUCCCAUGUACAGCGGACACAGGGCAAACAUCCGACAGUUCUGAUGGAAAUUCAGAUGACAAGCGAUUGGAAGGCAAGGGCGGGCAAAGAGUACUGCGUUCGCAUAGAACGAACGACGCCGACAAAGAUAAAGGAAAUUGCCCGCAAGGCUCAGACCGAUCGGGAUCUAACCAUAUUCUGAGUUCCCAUAAAAGCCCACCUCCAGGGGCUGAUGAUGCGCCGUCAACAUCAGGAACCUCAGGUGGGAGAAACGAAUCAGCUACUUCGGGACAUUCGGUGGACGUCCACCCAAGGAAGAGAAAGAUCAAAGCCUCUAGAGAGAGCCACUCGAGGGAGCCGACAAAGUCCGAACAUUCUGAAAAUAUCGUUCAUAAUGUUACGCAUUCCAAUCCCUAUCAAAUGUACAUACACAAAAGGAAACAGAUCGAGCGCCGUCAGAAAACGCUUUUUCCAGUCAAACCGAAACCGCCUAAAGACUUCAAUAAGUACCUGAUGAAUAGAUGCACCUACACGCUUCAAAAUAACGUGAACCCUGAGCCUCAGGUUGAUAUUCCCAUCAACAUGCCACAGCAGAUGAUCACGGAGUUCAUGUCCCAAGAGAGGGAGAGAACCCGGCUACGGAUACAGCAUCAAGUGGAAAAGGAAAAGUUGGUGUUGGCUGUGGAGCAGGAAAUUUUACGGGUGCAUGGGCGGGCUGAACGGGCGGUUGCAAAUCAGGCGCUGCCGUUUUCAGUUUGCACGAUAUUACGUGAUAAAGAAGUGUAUAACGUACUAGCGCCCGAUCAAGAAGAGAAAAGAAAUGCGCAGCGAUCUAGAUGCAAUGGAAGGCAGAUCAACUCGUGGUUGCAAGAGGUUGAUGAUAAAUGGGAAAAGAUUAAGGAGGGCAUGUUGCGGCGACAGCAUACUGAAGCGGAGACACUUCAUGCUGUACAAAUUAUGGGUUGGGAAUGGAAACUCAAAGAGCUUGGUCUGUGCGACCACAAAAAUACUCCGAAAAUUGAUCCGACACACGUACCUCAAAUACACGUGUCAAAUUUUGAUUUGCCCGCUUGAGUUUUAAGUUCAUAUUGCCUUAUUUUAAUGUAACGCCUGACGGCAUUUUCCAAUCUAGCAUUUUUAACAACACCAAUUGGUAAUACGAAUCAAGCGGAGCUACUAAAUUGGAUUAUCUCUAAAUUUUCUCGACCGCAGUCCUGCUUUCCUGAAUCCCUAUUGAUAUUUUCAAUCUAAGGGUGAUAGUCAUAAACGACUACUUAGCGAGGUUUCAGUAUGUCAAAUGUAUUCGAUUUGGCAUACGGGACUCCACGAUGUUUUUGAAUCUCACCCGAGUGCUGCUACGAGUAGGUCUUUCUUACACUAAAUCAUCUAAAAUUGCGUAUUUCAACACACAUCGAAACUUAAAAAAAAAAAAUAUCUUCGUCAUUCACGGGAGAUGUCUCCUGCCGUGACGAUUCGUCGCCAUUCAAUUUAUUGUAAAUUUGUAUGCGUUGUUUGAUUUGUAUGUUGAAUCUGAGUUGGUCUUUAUUAUAAUUAAUUGAUUGCAAUCUCAAUUAUUUUCAUUAAGUCUGAUUUAUUGAUUUGUAUAUGAAUUAUAUGUUGCUGAUAAAAGGUGGACAUUAUUUAUUUGUAUUAUUAUUUUUGAGAAAUAAAUGUCGCCAAAGUAUAUAUAUGAACAAAAUGGAUGACUAACAGUUACAUUCCUCUAUUGUCUAGUAUCCUCCUUUUAAACGCAACUCGUCUAUUCAUCAUAUUGUAGGAAUUAUAUUUUAGGUGCUCGGUCCUUUAAUCAUUAUAGAAUCUAUAUAUAUAUUGAUGUGAAUAUUAAUUUUAUAAUUUGUAUUUUGAAACAGAAUCAAAUUUCGAACAAUUAAAAGUCGUUGAUUGUAUAUUAAUAUUGUUUAAAGCCAAUUUAAUCAUCACUUCAGUGUAAUCAUGUCCAUUAAAUGUAAUUAUUAUUCAUUUUUGUAUUGAACCCAUCGGCACUUAAAAAAUCUUAAUUUUUUUUUUAACAAAACAUUAUUUAUUUGUUUGUAUUCUAAUUUAGGAACUUUAUUUUCAAAGACCGAUGUGUUCAAAAAGUCAAAUCACGUAAGGGGGCGUCCAUAAAUUACGUGAGGUGUAUUAUUUUAAUUGUCUGUACCUCCCUCCCCUGGUGAGAUGCUAUUUACCCCCCCCCCCC